GAUGGACUGGUCAUACUUGCAGCAGCAUGGCAUCCUGGAGAUCGUCCAUGUCUUGUCUACUACACUCUGAUAACAGUAGAAGAUAAAGGCUAUCAGAUGUCUGAUGAUGUUGUUGUGGAGGUCACACAGUAUAAUCCAUCUUUUCAGUCAGAAGAUGAAGUGUUGUGCUGCCUGGUAGUCCCAGAUUACUUCAGCCAUGCUGCUUACCUUUACAAGGAAGAUGAAGUGUUUGCUUGUUCCACUGGAACUGGCAGAAUUUCAUUACCACAGGAAAAAAUCAUAUUUGGCAUACAAGGAGAUAGUAUUUUAGGAGCAGGUUCCUGUAAUAGCCUUCCUGUCUUCUUUGCCAAAAAAAGUGGACUUCUCGCUAUCUUGUCCAGGGAAAAUAUUUCUGUGCUUCCUGAAGACCUUGAAGAUGCUCUGUCCUCUUCUACUGCUGGACCAAGAAGUGAGAGUCCUGCAUUUGAUGCAACUGGUAGGCUAGAAGUUAUAGCUCAAGAAGAUAAAACCAAAUUAUUGAAAGCUGCUUUUCUACAGUACUGCAGGAAAGAUGUAGUCAACGCACAAAGCAUGGUAGUUGAGCUCUUUCCAAGUAAUGCAGAUCUGGAGUCUGAUGCUGAACUGGACAGAGCAGUGACUCAGAUCAGUGUGGACUUAAUGGAUGAUUACCCUGCCUCUGAUCCAAGAUGGGCUGAGUCUGUACCUGAAGAAGCAGCUGGUUUCAGCAACACAUCUCUCAUUCUUCUUCAUCAGCUAGAGGAUAAGACAAAAGCACACUCGUUCUUCAUUGAGUUUCUUCAUCAGGUUGGUGUAUUUGAGCGUCUGGGCAGUUUUCCAGUGCGAGGGAUGCUGAUGGCCACUCGACUGUUGCUCUGUGAGCACGCAGAGAAACUGGCAGCAGCUAUUGUUCUCAAGAAUCACCACUCCAGGCUGCCUGAACUGGUGAAUGCUGCUAUACAGAUUGCAUUGAACAAAAGGGAAUGUGAUGUUCCAGCAAGCCUUACCCCUGCUGAUGUGUUCUUCAGGGAGGUAUCCCAGAUAGAUUCCAUCUUUGAAUGCUUAUUAGAAGAGGAGGAGCAAAUCCUGAAAGACAUGCCUAUUGAAUCAAUUGAGUGGGCCCAGAUAGUUGUCAAUGUGAACAACAUCAUUAAGGAUAUGCUACAAGUUGCCUGUCAGUAUCGUCAGUCUAGAGCCUCUUUAUAUAAAACAGGUGAACUUCCAGAAAGAGAACCUGAAUAUAUUCCAUGGACAGCCUCCAGUGGCCUCCGCGCGGCAAUAACGCGUCAGCACGGUACCAUCCUGAAGGUGGUGUAUCCCCAGGUGGACAGCAACCUCCGCAGCGUCGUGGCUGAGCAGCUGGUGGCGCUCCUGGAUUGCUUCCUGGAUGGCUACGUUGCUCAGCUGAAGUCUGUGGAUCGUCUGGCUGAUCAGGAGCGGUACAGCAGCAUAGAAAUGGAAUAUGUCCAGAAAAGAUCCGAGCUCUUGUCCCCUCUCCUUUCACUGGGACAGUACCAGUUGGCAGCUGCUUUAGCAGAGAAGUACUGCGACUUUGAUAUCCUGGUGCAAAUUUGUGAACAGACAGACAACCAGGCCAGGUUACAACGCUACAUGACUCAGUUUGCAGAUCAGAACUUUUCAGAUUUCCUGUUCCGCUGGUAUCUGGAAAAAGGAAAGCGAGGAAAGCUGUUAUCUCAACCUAUUGCUCAGCAUGGACAGCUGGCCAGUUUCUUGCAAGCACAUGAACAUCUGAGCUGGUUACAUGACAUCAAUAGCCAGGAUUUGCAAAAGGCACACAGAACAUUGCAGACUUUAGCAAAUAUGGAGACACGAUAUUUUACAAAGAAGAAAACACUUCUUGGCUUGAGCAAAUUAGCUGCACUAGCAUCAGACUUGUCGGAAGACAUACUACAAGAGAAAAUAGAAGAAAUAUCAGAGCAGGAGCGCUUUUUGUUACAUCAGGAGACACUUCCCGAACAACUCCUGGCAGAGAAGCAGUUGAACCUCAACGAUAUGCCAGUGCUGUCUGCAUCUCAGCUCAUUGAUUUGUUCAUAUGUGAUGAGAACAGAAGAGCCAAUGAAUAUGACUUCAAGAAAGCACUUGAUCUGCUGGAAUAUAUUGAUGAGGAAGAAGAAGUGGAUGUAAAUGAUCUUAAACUUAAAAUUCUCUGUAAGGCUCUCCAAAGAGAUGGAUGGUCCUGUUCAGAUGGUAGAGAUGAUCCAAUUGAAGCGUCUAAAGAUAGUAUAUUUGUGAAAAUACUGCAAAAGCUGUUGAAAGAAGGAGUUCAGUUAAGUGAGUAUUUACCAGAGGUGAAGGACUUGCUUCAAGCAAAUGAACUCGGCAACUUGAAAUACAACUCUUACUUUGAAUUUGUGUUAAAAGCAAACUAUGAACUCUAUGUUCAGGGACAAGCAUGAUUCUCACUGGGAUUUUAAAAUAUUUUUUCUAAAGAACUUUUGAAUUCAUAUUUGCUUUUUUAUAUUCUGUUUGGUUUUUUGCUAAAGCCUUGUGAUAAAGUCUGUAUGAGUAGUAUACUUGGUCUUAAAUGUAUAGACAUUGAUGCUUUAGUCAGGGGACGCAGAAUUGUGUUUUCAGGUGAAAUAAAAAUAAAGUUUUCAUUUUCAGUGCCUUUCA